AUGAGUGGGGUAAACUACGCAGCAUUCGAGCACCGCAGCAUGAUGCAAGUGAUGCUAAUUCUUGUGGCAGACAAGUCUGCGCUGCAAGCUGGAAAGGCGGGAGAACUGGCCGCGCUCGGCGUGCGUGCGUUCAGGAUGUACGCAACGUUCUACAAGGCGUUUCUGGGUGUCAGCGAACACACGGACUUCUCGCUCGCCAUCGCACGUGCACAUGCCAUCAAGCAUGUAGACUGGCCUACUGAUGGUCUGUGCCACAGGCUGGUGGAGAUUCUGCCGCAGGCGUACCCCGACCAUGCAUCUAAUUGGCGCUUUUCAAAGAUUCACAUGAUUGUCCACUUGCUGGACAAUGUGAUCAUGCGCGGAAUGCCGCACCACUACAGCACGAAGAUGUGGGAGCAUACCCACAAGGGGACGGUCAAGAUCCCAAUCAGGGGCAGCAACUGGAAGGACAUCCCCAGGCGCAUCGUGGAGGAGGAGGUGCAGAGAGAGAUCUGCAGAGAGGUGGCACAGGACGCGGGUGGCGGGCGUCAGUAUGCGACGGCGCUGCGCGAGGCUGUUGAGACGAUAAAGCUCGUGCUCACGAGGAAGGGCCGCACGAUGCGGCCGGCGGAGGAGGGAGAUGCGGUGGUGGGUACCUACCGCACGGCCCUUGGCGACCUCAUGGAUGCGCUACCAGGCAGCAUGGUGGCUGCUAAGAUCACAACAGCGGAGGUCGUGGUGCGUACACAUUUGAAAGUGACCCGCAAGCUCUCAAGCCCUUUGUACGCCAUGGCUCGUAAGCGCAAGAGCGCCGCUGAAUCCGCCAACGUAACCCCGCGGGAUCUCUAUGAGAUCCCGUAUAUUGCAUGGAUGAACAAGCAGCUGUCCGCUGGGCGAAAGCCGUCUGGCCCGCAGCCAGUGGACACUCCUUCGCGUGGCGACACCUCUUACCAGGCCCCACGUGACAUCCCGAUGCGCGGGUGCCGUAACGCCAACCGGAUGGCUUCUUCGCGCAGUUCGGAGGCUAACACAUAUGAAGAGGACGAGGACGACGCCGACUACAACGAGGAGACAGAUGGCACGGACAACGAAGCGGACUCCGGAGAAGAGCCUGACAAGGGCAUGUCCGACUCUGACGCGGAGAGCGACGACGACGAUGCACCGGAAGAAUCGCAGCCCGCAACUCCGCCUGUUCGCCGCGGUCAUGCUAAGGCGGCACCGGGAGACAAGAGCGCCGCUAAGGGCGGGGAGCCACCUCGACGCGCGCCAAAGACCCGGGACCCCAUGACGGUGAAGCGCAGUCUGUGGUCGCUCAAGGAGAGCACGAUUCUCGUGGCCGCCCGCUGGUUCAUGAAGGAUGAGCUGGAGCCGCUACUUGGGAAGCAGGGAUCCCAGUAUUGGGCCUGCCUCAUGCGCCACAUCGAGACCGAGAAUACCGGAUGGGUCCGCGGCGUCAACGCUGUGCAGAGACAGUGA